AUGUUGAACAGGGAGAGGGAGGAGAAGGGGGGGGAAGGGGGCGGGGUAGGGGCUGUGCAUGGGGCUGCAGAUGCACGUGCAGAGGGCAGCAGGGCGCACGGGGCGCACAAGACAGCAGGGCGCGCGUGGCGCGCAGGGCUGCAGGGCGCGCGGAGCGCGCAGGACAGCAGGGCAGCAGGGCGUGCGGGGCGCGCAGGGCUGCAGGGCGCACGGGGCGCACAUGGCAGCAGGGCAGCAGGGCGCGUGGGGCGCACAGGGCUGCAGGGCGCGCGGGGCGCGCAGGACAGCAGGGCGCGCGUGGCGCGGGCUGGUACUGCAGAUCCCCUCCCCCCCACUGCUGCAACCGCAGCUGGGGGAUGGAGGAGAAGGGGGGGGGGGGGGGGGCGGGGGGAGCUGGUGCUGCAGAUCCCCUCCCCCCCACUGCUGCUCCACAAUCCGUCACCCCCCAGGGAUGGAGGAGAAGGGGGGGGGGGGGGGGGGGGGGCGGGGGGGCUGGUGCUGCAGAUUCCCUUCCCCCACUGCUGCUCCACUAUCCGUCAUCCCCCAGGGAUGGAGGAGAAGGGGGGGGGGGCGGGGGGGCUGGUGCUGCAGAUUCCCUUCCCCCCCACUGCUGCACCCGCAGCAGGGGGAUGGAGGAGAAGGGGGGGGCGGGGGGGGCUGGUGCUGCAGAUCCCCUCCCCCCCACUGCUGCUCCACAAUCCCAGGGGGAUGGAGGAGAACGGGGGGGGCCGGAGGGGGUUGGUGGGGGGGAAUGAGUUCGCCACCCCCAUACCCCACUGA